CCCUCCCAUCCCUUCCCCUCUAAAAAUUUUUGAACCAAACAUACAAAAUUUUAUAAUUCCCUUCCCUCCCCUUUCUUCCUAAACCCUCAAACCAAACAGGGGCCAGGGGACAUACCGGAGGAUCUGUGUUCCGCUACCUAACGCUGCCGGAGAUAUGCAAUUGGCGCAGCGCAUUCCACGGCACCGCUUCGUCGGAUGCGGUUUGGGAAUCCAAGCUUCCAUGUGAUUACCACCAACCAGCUGCUCGAUUUCCUCUGUUUCUGUGUCUUGUUCUCUGUGCAGUGAAACAAUGGACCGCGACAUUUUAGAUGUACCCAAAGGAGAGAAUUGUCCACAGAGGAUUGUGACAUGUGAAUAUUGCGAGUUUCCUCUGCCUGCUAUUGAUUUAUUGGAGCACCAGGAAGUAUGUUGGAACCGAACAGAAUUAUGUCAUAUGUGCCAUAAAUACGUGAGAUUUCGAGAGUGUUAUGGUCAUGAAAGCAGAUGCAGUAGUGUUGUUAACGACGUUGCUGAAUCUUCAAGGAUUGAAGGAACAAGUGUGAAAGUAAUUGUUGAAAAUGAGGAGCAAGUAGAACUUUCAUUCACAAGAACAUGGGAUCCUUCACCUGAAGGAAAGCAAUCUCCUUUGCGAAUAGACAGAAGGUUUGUGAUGCUUCAUGGCUCCCCAGGAUUCUACUCUUACGCUAUUUUCGAGCAUUUGGAAGACUUCCCUGGUUUCAACCUUAGCACCACCCGAAUCGCGUGCAUGCUCAAUAAAGACCUGUUACAUUACAUGGCAAUAUCAGAUAACAGGCAAAGAUACAUGCCCAGGCCGGAAGAUCGACUGCCUCCUAGAGGUCAAGAACUGGAGUACCCUGAAGCCGUGCUUCUUGUUGAUCCUGUCGACCUGGAAUUUAAAGGAGAAGUGGAUGACAAAUACCAUUACUCAAUUGAGAACAAAGAUAAUAAGGUGCAUGGGUGGAUAAGCUCUGAUCCACCGGUGGGGUUCUGGCAAAUUGCGCCGAGCAAUGAAUAUCGAAAUGGAGGACCUUUGAAACAAGACUUGACCUCUCAUGUGAACCCGACCACCCUUGCGAUAUUUGUCACAUAUCAUUAUGCAGGAGAGGAUCUUCUACUCAAAUUUCAACCUGGCGAAAUAUGGAAGAAAGUGUUCGGACCAGUUUUUAUCCAUCUCAAUUCUGUUCCGGACCGAACAAAUAUUAUGAAUGUUCUUCAAAAGGGCAGUAAUAGUUGAAGAGGUUCACCAUGAAGACAAUGGAACUAAGAAGGAAAAUCGAGAUAUGACAGUCUGGUUCCCCUGGAGUUCGGAAAUCUCACUCUGGUUCGCGCCAAUCCCUUCACGGAAAUUCUUACCCGGGCGCCCGUGAUGGCGUAAGCACGUCGCAAGUCAGUUAUCAUACCGGUUAUUGCAUUUUGCACCAAUAAUUCACCAAAAGCAAAAAAGAAUAGACAAAUAGGCAAAAGAAAUAAAAUUCUUGUGUGGAGAUUGCAUUUACAAUGGAAGAAGCGUGGGAUUAUACAAUUCUUGAUGAAGUAGGCUUAAUGUUCUAAUUCUAUUAGGGGCAGCUUACAUUAAUCAGGUGAGCAUAUCAACGAGGCAUUUGGUGAAGGAUGUCCAAGCCAGCAACAUACUUCUUGAUGAUAAAUAUGAAGUUAAACUGGGAAGCCUCAGUGAGGUUUGUCCUCAAGAAUGUAAAACUCAUCAAAGGAGGAUCUCAAAGUUGCUCCGUUUUGCCAGAGGUAUAUGUGAAAGCAUUGGGAAAAGGGUUAUUGUUGCACCAUUGCACCAUAUCGGCGGAUUUUAAGGAAAAGACUUCAGCAUAUCGGUGGAUUCAAAUUUUAAGGUAUCUCGAUUCCAUUAUUUGAGAAGUUAACAUCAUAUUUAACAAAAAAUUGUGACAAUUUCAGGCUGGUAUUACUCCCUCAGCCACGCAAAAAAUUAGUGCAUUUUUUGCGAGGGAGAGAGUAAUAUUUUUUGGGCUGGAUUAGCCGUUUUAAAAUUCAAGCCCGAUAGACCCGGCUUGAUUUUGAAUUGGGCUUGAAAACCAAAACCCAAGCAUGGCCCGGUUUCAAAAUAUACCGGGCCAGGCCAGGCUAGCCCAGAUUUUAAUAAUACCGGGCCAGACCAGCCUAGAUCUUGUAAUCGAGAUCGAAGGAUCUUUGCGGAUCCCCUCGUCUCCACAUAAGCUUUACCUACAAAUUAAAAACACUUAGAAAUAAGUUAGUAUAAAAUAUAGAAACAAAAUUAAUGCAUGCAUGUCCCGGGACUGACGUAAAAAUAAAUCUAUUUCUAUAUGCAAGAUGCUAAAUUGAAUUAAAUGCAUAAAUGUAAAACGAAAGGGACGAAUUGCUCCCUAUGAUGGUCCGUUCAGGCGGUCGCUUCCUCUCGUAUGCAUCUAAAAAGAUUUAAAAUAGAUAUUAGUAUAUAUGUAUAGGAAACAACAAAAUAAUAUUAAAAUCACUUACCUUAAUUUGAAAUCGAGAUCGAAGGAUCUUUGCGGAUGCCCUCGUCUCCAUAUAAGCUUUACCUACAAAAAAAAAUCACUUAAAUAUAAGUUAGUAUAAAAUAUAGAAACAAAAUUAAAGGAUGCAUGUCCCGGGACUGACGUAAAAAUAAAUCUAUUUCUAUAUGCAAGAUGCGAAAUUAAAUUAAAUGCAUAAAUGUAAAAGGAAAGGGACGAAUUGCUCCCUAUGAUGUAUUCGGUCGUCCUAUCAUGCGGCCGCUCCCUCUCGUAUGCAUCUAAAAAGAAUUAAAAUAGAUAUUAGUAUAUAUGUAUAGGAAACAACAAAAUAAUAUUAAAAUCACUUACCUUGGAUUUGAAAUCGAGA